AUGGCUUUUAGGGCAAGAGCCAUGACAAAAGAUAAAAUUGAAGGAUCAUUCCAUGAACAAUAUAGAAGACUUUAUGAUUAUGGGCAUGAGCUCCUGAAAACAAAUCCAGGUUCAACAGUUCAAAUUAAAGUGGAUAACAUUAAUGGUGAGGUGAUUUUCCAAAGAUUUUAUGCAUGCUUAAAGGCAUGCAAGGAUAACUUUGUGAGUUGUAGACCUAUUGUUGGCUUGGAUGGAUGUUUUCUGAAAACCAAGUAUGGAGGGGAGUUAUUAACAACAGUUGGAAGAGAUGGAAAUGAGCAAAUGCUGCCCAUAGCAUAUGCUGUGGUUGAGGUUGAAAACAAAGAGAGUUGGACUUGGUUCUUGGAGCUGCUAAUUGAGGACCUUGGUGGGAAAGAUGUGUGUGCAGGAAUUACAUUUAUUUCAGACCAACAAAAGGGUCUUUUGGCAGCUUUUCAAGAUCUUUUACCAGGGGUAGAACAAAGGUUUUGUGUUAGGCAUCUCUAUUCAAAUUUUAGAAAAACAUUUCCAGGAAAAAACCUUAAAUGUCUCAUGUGGAGGGCAGCAAUAGCCACACAUCCACAACAAUGGGAAGCCGAGAUGAGGAAUAUUAAAGUCAUCAAUGUUGAGGCUUUUAAAUACUUGCUUUCCAUUCCACCUAGAUUCACCCCUAGAUCACAAUGUGACACUCUUGUCAACAACAUGUCUGAAGCCUUUAAUAGUGUGCUAGUAGAUAGUAGGUCUAAGCCUAUUAUUAGCAUGUUAGAAGACAUUAGGGUAUACAUUAUGAAGAGAUGGGGUGCCAACAAGACAAAGAUGACACAAUAUCAUGCUUCAAUCUGCCCUAAGGUUUGGAACAAAUUUCAGAAGGAGUCUUCGUUAGGAAGAUAUUGGUUACCAAGGUGGUCAAGAGAGAAAUUAUUUGAAGUUAUACAUAUUUCAGAAUUUGGCCACCAAUUUGUUGUCAAUGUGGACACCAUGGACUGCACAUGUAGAAAAUGGGAAAUUACUGGCAUUCCUUGUACGCAUGCCAUAACAUUAAUGAAAUUUCUGAACAUCAAUGCAAAAGAUUACAUAAGCCACUAG